UGUUCCAUUGAGCUAACCUCAACAUGGCAUCCGACGGACCGCCGGGCACUGACUCUCUCCCGUCCGAUUUGGGGAGUGCUAUUGCAGCUCUGAAUACAUGGAGCAUCCCGGAUCUUCAGGGCAAGCUGGCAGAGCUGGGAGUACCCAACAUGGGUCCCAGAGAGGAGUUGAUUGACAGACUGAAGGGCUACAUGAUGCAGACUGGGAUUCUCCUGAGCAAACCUGAUGAUAAACAAAUGGGCUCCCAGGGCGAUUCCCAUGUCAUGGAUGAACACGAUCUUUUGGAGCAACAGAAAAGGCACGAGACGGCUGUGCUGCGGAAAAAAGGAUUUGAGGAGGAGAAGAAAGACAGUGACGACAGUGAUGAGGAAAUCAGGCCGGAUGCCCCAAAACUAUCCAAGAAGAAGCUGAGGAGGAUGAACCGGCUGACAGUGGCUGAACUUAAACAGUUGGUGGCUCGUCCAGAUGUGGUGGAAAUGCACGAUGUGACGGCUCAGGAGCCCAAGCUGCUCGUGCACUUAAAAGCCACCAGGAACACGGUGCCGGUGCCAAGACACUGGUGCUUCAAACGAAAGUAUCUGCAGGGAAAGAGAGGUAUCGAGAAGCCGCCGUUCGAGCUGCCCGAGUUCAUCAGGAGGACGGGAAUCCAGGAGAUGAGGGAGGCUCUGCAGGAGAAGGAGGAUGCCAAAACUAUGAAAACCAAAAUGAGAGAGAAGGUUCGUCCCAAGAUGGGAAAGAUCGACAUCGACUACCAGAAACUCCACGAUGCUUUCUUCAAAUGGCAAAUCAAGCCCAAGCUCACCAUCCACGGAGACCUUUACUAUGAGGGUAAAGAGUUUGAAACUCGUCUGAAAGAGAAGAAACCCGGAGAUCUGUCUGAUGAGCUGCGUAUCGCUCUGGGCAUGCCAGUUGGACCUAACGCCCACAAGGUGCCGCCUCCCUGGUUGAUAGCCAUGCAGAGGUACGGACCUCCUCCCUCCUAUCCCAACCUGAAGAUCCCUGGAUUGAACUCUCCCAUCCCAGAGAGUUUGUGCUCACCAAUAAACUCACCGUGUGCUGUGUGUCACUUUGUGUGUUUCAGUGGGUUGAUCACCCCGGGAGGCUUCUCAUCAGUACCAGCCGGCAUGGAGACCCCGGAGCUGAUCGAGCUGAGGAAGAAGAAGAUCGAGGAGGCAAUGGAUGGCAAUGAGACGCCACAGCUGUUCACUGUUCUCCCUGAAAGACGAACGGGCCCAGUAGGAGCAGCUAUGAUGGCCUCGACGCACAUUUACGAAAUGUCAGCGGCCAUGGCCAGUCGUAAGGCUGGCGGAGGGCAGGAGUCGCAGGGCGUGGAGGUGGCCCUGGCCCCGGAGGAGUUGGAGCUGGACCCAAUGGCCAUGACGCAGAAGUACGAGGAGCACGUGAGAGAGCAGCAGGCUCAGGUGGAGAAGGAGGACUUCAGCGACAUGGUGGCUGAGCACGCAGCCAAACAGAAGCAAAAAAAGAGGAAGGCCCAGCCGCAGGACACGCGAGGCGGCGCCAAGAAAUACAAAGAGUUCAAGUUCUAGAGGAGAUGAACCAAAACGAAGCUCAGCGAGAGAGUCGUCCACCGCAGGAAAUGAAAGAGGAAGAGGCAGAUUUGAAUUUCAGAGGAUGCACACUGCAGCACCGAUCAUCUGUUAGCGCUUUAACAGUAAACUGUAAAUCAACAGCGUGGGCGUGUCUCAUGUAGUCAGUGUCACAUGACUGUGGCAAGGUGCAUUUUUCUGUGUUGAACUUUUUAAGGUCUUGGUUUUGUUUUUGUUUUGUUUUUUUCAUGGUAACCAUGUUUUUUUUUCUUUCUUUUUUUUGUAAAUAAAUGACGUGACAACACGAGUUCACAAUC